GGCUCUCACCAUGGCUGCAGCGCGGCUCGUCACCUGGGGGCUGCUCCUGGCCGCCGGGAUUCCUGCCGGGGCUCGGGGGACGCUGCCGGCCGGGCUGUCCCCAGGUGUGACCCUGUGGCGGAGCAGGGAUCCUCUGCGCGGCGCUGCCUGGGGACACCGGUGGCUGGGCCCGUCCCCUGCUUGGGAGGCAUCGGGGGAGGCGAGCGGCACCGGGCCCCCUGGCAGCGACCGCUGGGGAGAUGGCAGCCCCGUGCACUGGUCCCCACCGCUGCGGGUGGGGGAUGCCACCGGGGCAGCCCGGGGAAUGGAGACCACCUCGACAGAUGCCGAGAUCAGUGCGUGGAGGGACGGCGGCAAUGCCUCGGCCGAAGCGGAGGAGCCCGUCGUCGCCUGGCGGGGCCAUCAGGCUGAAGGCCAGGACAGCACCUGGGGGGGGACCUGGAUGACCCACGGCUCUGUGGUGCGUACGCCGGGCCCCAAGUUGCCCAUGGAUACGGAGCCGGGCUCCACGAGACCACCCUGGGCAGGGCAGGGCACAAACCCAGCCGGGCAGAGUGCCACCAGGCCAGCCAGCACCCCCAGACCUCUGCCAACUGUGUCCACUGUCUCCCUGACCCUCGUGCCGGCAGCAGGAACAGAGAUGGGGACAUCAGAUGCACCCACAGGGGGACAGCUGGCGGUGAGGGGACCCUUGGCCACCCCACGCCUCCCUUGGGGCACACAGCUUACUCUAGCCAGCAGCCAGCUGGUCCCACGGGUCACUGUCCCCGUCCCCCACCCCACAGGCACAGGGCCAGCCCAUAGUCUCCAUAGCAGCCCUGGCUCCAUAGGGCCAGUGGGCAGAGAGGGGGACCCAGAAGUGCUGUCCAGCCCCUCCUCGGCUCUGCCCAGUUCUGCGGCACAGCCUCCCACCGCAUUCCCCUCCCGGGGGCUGGCCGAGCCCUGGACCCGGCUGCUCCCGGCCCACCAGCGCAGUACGAGGAGAGCACCACACAGCCACACCACCACCAGCCCUGGCAACACAACCCCUCGCACGGACACCGGGACGAUGGGGCAGCGAGGACCCGAGCCCGCCCCAUCGCCUGCCUCCAACACAACACCCUCCAGCACCCCUGGUACCCCCAGCAGAGGGCUGCUGCCUGAGGAGGAUGUUGGUUCCCCACAGCGUGUGCGGGGUGCUGUGGGCCCCAUGAGUGCCCCGAACGUCUCUGAAGCCACCCCACAGCCAACAGCACAUCCUGCCACAGGAACACCCGGCACCAGGCAUGCAGGCACCCUGGGGACGCAGCCCCCCACCCACGGCACAGCAGCCCCCUCGACCAGGUGGCAUCAGGCAGGGGUGACACGGCAGACAGCCUCCCAGCACCCAUCCACACCACCACCACCACAGCCCAGCAGCUCACCGGCUCCAGGGGCCAAUGGGACAGGGCUGCGCUGGGCGGAGCUGCGGCGCCGGCUGGGCUUUGCUUGGGAGGGCCACAUCUAUGGGGUGGCCACAAUCUUCCUGGUGCUGGCACUGGGCUGCCUGGCCGGGCUGGCGGGAGCAGCCUCCUUGCGUCCUCCACACCUGCCCCACGUUGUAGGGGCCCACGGGCUGCUGCUGGCCACCUGCUUGCUGCGGGCCACCUUCCUGCUGCUGGACCCCUACGGGGCACGGGGCCACCUGCCCCCCCGGGCCCUGCUGCUGCUCAGCACGGUCCCCUUCCCGAUGCUGCUGGGUGCCUUUGCCCUCCUGCUUCAGUGGCUUCAGCGCCUGGCCCAGCUCCGGCUGCUGCCAGCCCGGCUGCAGGGACUGCCGGCACUGGGGGCUGCUGUCACCCUGCAGAGCGGGGUGCUGGGGGCUGCUGACAUGCUGCCACCCCGGCUGGGCCCUGGUGCUGGUCUGGGUCUGCAGGCACUGGGCUGUGGGGUCGGGUCCCUGCUGCUUCUGGGGGGGCUCUGGGGUGGCUGGAGGGUGCUGCGAGCACCCCGGGAAGGAGCAGGGGACAGCGGGGGGCUAGGACUGCAUCGGGGGGGCAGGGCACUGGUUGCAUCAGCACUGGUGGGGCUGCCGGUCUGUGGGCUGCAGCUCUACGGCUCCCUGUGGCUGCGGGGGGUCUUGGGACCCCCCUGGCGCUUCUCCCAGCCGGGCUGGCCAGCACAGCUCUGGCUGCGGCUUGGCGAGCUGGGCAUGGUGUUGGCACUGCUGGCAGCUGCCACUGAGCCUCUGUGCUGCCGGUGCUGGCGCCAGAGCCCCACCGGCCAUUCCUGCUGGGCCAAGGCGCUGCGGUACUUCUGCACCGGCCACAAAGCCGAGGUGCCUGAGUACCCCAACAACUGCUAUGACUGGGCUGGAGGUGGCACCGGCAGUACUGGUGUGGAUCGGGCACCCACCAGCGACAUCUCCAAGAGCCUCAUCCGCAACCCAGCAGAGCAGCUGCCCCUGCGGGCGCUCAAGGACAGUAACGAGGCCUGGGUGGCAACCGGCGGGAUGCCGGGGCUCAGCCCCAAGUGCCCCAACGCCUUGGUCGCCCGUUCCUGUGUCGCCUUCGAGCAGGGCUCGACCCCCUCACUGGGCGAGCUAGCCUUCCGCCCACCGUCCCCCAUCGACCUGCGCCGCAGCAUCGACCAGGCGCUCUGCCGCCGGCACCUGCUGCACGACAGCCUCUUCAGCUGGCAUCGCCGUGGCUCUGGCACCUCACUGCAUGGCUCUCUGGCCCCCAACGAGACCCCCAGCCUGGGGCGCAUGGUACGCUGCAGUUCACUGACAGAGCUGCCCGGUGCCCGUCAGCCCCCCGGCGCCAUCACCAUCACUGUCACUGCCUCGGUCAGCUCGUUGGAUAGCAGCUCGCUGAAGAUCAGCUGGAAUCCCUGGCACCAUGGGCUCUCCUCACCUGACAGCCUGCCCCUGGACGAGGUGCCCAGUCGGGCCCCCCUCUUGCUUCCUUCUGUGCCCCCUGGCUGGGAGCGAGAGGGUCCCCGCGGCUUCCCGUCCCUCGGCAAGGCGUCAGACACCCGCAGCCUCUCCAGCGACACCAUUGAGCUCUGA